AUGUCGAGCCACGGCAGGAAGUCAGUGGGUUUUGGUCCGCCCGGUGGCCGGGGUGUACUUGGCGCCGGUGGAGCCUCCAAGUUCUCCGCUGCAAAGGGGGGGCCUGUCAAGAGGGGCAUAGGGGGGGAGAUGGGUAAGGCAAGGCCUCCGAACACACGGCAAUCCACCGGCGCCCCAGAUGCAGCGCAGAACCUGGAUGAGCUCGUGGAUAACGACCUUUGCAAUGUCCUUGCCUCCAAGCAGUUCGUGAACGAAGCCGACUUCUCGGAGGCCCUUCUUGUUGCUUCUAAUGAGUCAACGCGGCUGGAUUUGGAGCUCGGGCAACUCGUCCGAAGGUUCCAACAGUUGGUAGCAGAGAACAGUCGUACCAUCACUGUACUAGAUGAGCACAUCGACGCGCUCGCUCCUCUUGAUGAUGACGAGAGCAAAGAACAGAUACAGGAGCAAGACAAAGAGAAGGCAGUGGGAGCUGACAAUGAAUGA